GCAACCAGCGAUCUGCCUUCUGUAGAUUACUCUGCAUUUUCUGGAGCUUCAUGUAAGGGACUCACACAUUCUCCUUGACGUCUGACCCAUUUCACUCAGCAAAGUGCUUUGAGAGUCGCCAUGGUGUUGUGUGUGUGAAGAUUUUGGCUAUGGUGAAUAAAGGUGCUAUGAACAUCUGUGUAUAAGUCUUUGUGUGGACAUAUGUUUUCAUUUCUUAUAGACUAGCCUAUCAUGGCAGACCAGAGACAGCGCUCACUCUCUACCUCUGGAGAAUCACUGUACCAUGUUCUCGGGCUGGACAGGAACGCGACCUCGGAUGACAUUAAGAAGUCCUACCGGAAACUUGCCUUGAAAUAUCACCCUGAUAAGAACCCUGAUAACCCGGAGGCCGCAGACAAGUUUAAGGAGAUCAACAACGCCCACGCCAUCCUGACGGACGCCACAAAAAGAAACAUCUACGACAAGUACGGCUCGCUUGGGCUCUACGUGGCCGAGCAGUUUGGGGAGGAGAACGUAAACACCUACUUCGUGCUCUCCAGUUGGUGGGCCAAGGCCCUGUUUGUCUUCUGUGGGCUCCUCACGUGCUGCUACUGCUGCUGUUGCCUGUGCUGCUGCUUCAACUGCUGCUGUGGGAAGUGCAAGCCCAAGGCGCCCGAGGGCGAGGAGACCGAGUUUUACGUGUCCCCCGAGGACCUGGAGGCGCAGCUGCAGUCUGAUGAGAGAGAGGCCACAGACACGCCGAUCGUCAUACAGCCAGCAUCUGCCACAGAGACCACCCAGCUCACGGCUGACUCCCACCCCAGCUACCACACUGAUGGGUUCAAUUAAGUUCAGGAGAAGCUGUGGUUAGAGGAUAAAUCAGCACCUGGCCACUUCCACCUUAGAAUCAUGAACUGUAGUCACAGAGAUGGGGGGAGCCACUCUGGCCACGGAGGAGGGGCAGCCGCCAACCCGCCACGGCCGCCUUGGGGUCCCUCCCGCCUCUGUGCCCGCCAUCCAUCGAUCCCUGAUCCAUGAAGUGCGUAGCAUGCAGUAUUUAAAGCAGUUUAGCUACGGUCUUCUUCUUCUGUUUCUCCUUUUGUAAUAGCAUGUCUGGGGUUCUGUCCACGUCUGUGUUGUGGAUGUGUUGCUGCGUGACCGCGUGAACCGGACGGCGGAGCCGCCUCGGGGCUCUCGGUCAGGUCAGUGCGCUGAACUGACUGCGGCUGCAUGGCGCCUCCUGGCCAGGCGGGCUCAGGCCGGAGGAGCCGCUCCGUUCCCCUGUGCUUGUGAGGGACGGAGGCAGGUGUGCCCAGCAGGGGCUGUGGGGUCUGGUCCCCUCAGUGCUCGCCAGCUGUGUGGCCGCAGGCAGGGCCUCUGGACUUACCUGAGGGAGGAGCUGGGCACAUCCUCCCGGCGCCCGGUGCCGUUGGCACUUCGUGGUGUUCUUGUUGAGGACAGUUUACAGGAUCUGUUCCCCUUGUUUGCUUAGCCUUGUAGCGGGGUUUCUCCCGUGGGUAAGUUUGUUGUGGGAAGUGCGGGAGGCUCUCUUGAUCCUGAGACCAAGUUCUCUGUGUCCAACCUGGGUCUCCGGGUCACGUGGACCUGAGGCUCCUCUCCUGUCAGUGUGUUCCCUCGCCAGGGUGUGGGAGGUGGGUUUUCUACGUUUCUGCACUUCCCCCAGGCCACGAGCUGGGCUGAGGGGCCGCAUUCCGGCAGUUUCUCCCUCCUACCCCUGCCUCAUCCUCCACAUUCCUUGAGGCCCGCCCAGCCUCUUUGUAAUCCUUUUUGGACCUCUGAGAACUACACCUGGUAGCCGCGGCCCCGUUAGUAUAGCCAGAGGGGCAGAGAGUCCAGGUCGCUGGUGGCGUGUGGCUGCACAGCCCUCUGCUUCCUAGCAUGCCCACCUACCCCAUUUUCCUUCGCCUGCUCCCUUUGGCUGUUAUUGAUGGUUCAGGCAGAGCUGGAGGCGUCAGGUUCCUGGAGGAAGGACCAGCUGGACCGAAGGCACGCUGGGGCCUAGGAGGGUUGGUCCUAGGGAAGUCCUGUGUCCUUUGGCUUGUUAGUCGCCGGCCAGACCACAGAAUGUCCUCUCACCACUGUUGCUGGCAGCACCUUUUGUGAACUGUGGGAAGUCAGUCUUUCUUGUUUGUGUCCCAGACCUUGUGGGUGGUGCCCCACUGAGAGGGACCGAGGAAACGGGUCGUGACAUGCCUGUGCUCAACCCGCUGGACCUGCCCCCGGCUACGGGAGGCCCGAGAGGCUCCAGUGGGCCUGGUUUCUGCAGAAUGACCCCCAUGGCUGCUGCUGGGUGUCUCCUGGACUUCCAGUAGAGGUGAGGAACACAGAGUGGAAAGCUGCACGAGUGGCAGUUCUCCGCUCAGACGUACCAGCAUGUGUUCCCGAAGCCGACUGUCUCCCCGUCCACCUGCUGACCCACGGCCCUAGCUCCCCGCCCUUGCUUGGCCCCCGGGCCGUGCAGAGAGGAGGCUCAUGUUGGCCUGGAAGGUGGUGGAAGGAACAGCAGUGUCAGUCAGAAUGUGGGCCUCUGGGAAAGCCAUGCUGGUGUGAGGCCAGCUCUGGCAGAGCCACUUGAUGCUAGGGCCCCCAGCCGACCUCUCGUGCAGGCCAGUACCAGGUCCUUGGGCAGUUUUUUGGUCCCGUUUUGUUUUGUUUUUCUCUCAUUGAGACGAUCAUGCGGAUAUUCAGUGAGAGGGGAGGUAUGUACUAUAAUACUAAAUCAGAAAUAAUUUGCUAAAAUCAGACCUCUUGUAAAAGGAUAAGAAGUUCAUUGUUUGACCCACCCUGGAAUGAGGGAGGAGGCAAGACAACAGGGCAGUCUUCUGUGCCAAUCCCAAAACAGCAACAAGAAUUCAGCCUCAGAUGCAGGCUGUAGUCAGCCUCAGUGAUGUUGCUGGAAAUAACUUAGGAGAUGUUUUUCCCCAGAAUGGCAAGAACCAAGUUCAAAGCUUAGAUUUAAGGUAGAAGGCCACCCCUUCUGCAGUGGCUGUGCUGUUCCUGGGUGCCUGGCCUCAGCCCAGCCAGGUCCCUCUGUGGGGUCUGCAGGGGACCACUGCAGCUCUCGGCUCGUCACACGUGUCAAAGUGAAUCCCUGCCAGGUGUCUCUCAGUUACAGAAUCUUAUGGAUCACUUCCUAGAAGCAUGAAGCUCCCCUGCGGGCCACGGCAUGGAAAAGAGGGGCAGGUCUGGAAGUCUGUUGAACCCAGUCUCCUGUAGAAUUUGUGAAGACUAAGUCAGUCAUGACAGCGAUGAUAAACCUCAAGGUGAUGGUGAAGAUUGCACAAGGCUGGGUGCUCCCCCUGCCUGACCCCGAAAGCUUUUACCGUUUGUGAGUCAGAGGUAGAAGCCCUUCCAAGGCUUGACUGGACUCACUGUCAGGCCCCUGCCUUGAUUCAGGACAGGGAUGCCCUGGACACAUUUCCCUUUUUCCUGGUGGUCCGUCUGUUUCCCUGGUGAGGAGAGGUGCUGAGUCUGGAGGGACGUCCCUGUUCGUGUGCUAAGGGGACGACCCUCUGCCUGCUGUGGCAGUCACAGGAGCUCCUUGGCCCUCCCUCUAGGGCUGCCCAGGUCUGGGGCCCGUGUGGCCAGUGGUGCUGUCAGCUAGUGUGAGUGGCUGGGGCAGUGUGCCAUUGGUGCACGCCAAAGCCUGUCCCAUUUCAGCAAGGGCAGGGCUUGCCCAGCAGGCUCCCAGAGCAGUAGUGCCCCAGGGGGUCUGGCAGCAAGCAGGAAGCCCGUGAGAGAGACCUGCCAGGCAUCCGACGGGGCUGCCGGUGUGUAGGUUUCUGUUUCUAGUGACGUAGUCUUCUCUGUCUUCCUUUUGGCUUUAUUAUAUUUUCAAACUGCUUUAGAUAUUACCGCUGCGUGAGCCUUCCCAGCUCUCUGAUCAGUCAGUGUAGCCAGUGCCGCUGGAACUCGUUAUAGAAAGAAGCCAGGGCACGCUGUGAGCUGCCGGGCUUGGCAGUGAGGCUCCUGCUCAGGGAAAUGCCCUGCCAGGACCGUGCUUGCAUGUUCUAACCACGGGUGGUCACUCCAGGUGAGCUCAUGCUGGAGGAACAACCCAUUGGGGCAGCUGGUGGUCUGGGGAGACGAGAGGCCUCCCUAGCACCUGGCCCCUCGAGUGAGACCAGUGAGCAGGAUGGCGCCCCCACACAGGCUCUCUCGCUGGAGGGGCCAGGUGAUGCGUGGGCAGAGCUGGGGGCCCUGUCCGUCCUUCCCUGGCUCUCAGCACAUCCUCCCAGGGGACCGGUUGUGAGGGGUAUGAAAAAAGUGACUGAUCUCAUUCCUUUCUAAUAUUCUGAGCUGUGAACCCAUGUGACACAGGACUGACCUGUUUUUGUUAUUUGGUUGUGAAUCCUCUUCCUGUGGAAUUGGCAAAAGCUACAUUUUUCCUGUCCUUACAAGCACGAUUGGCAUCGUCUGUGCUGUUGGUGUGGGCCGUGGGUGUACUCCGUGUGUACAUAUGUGUAUAUGUAUAUAUCACGUGGUGGGCCUUGCUGCUGUGUCCAGUGGCCAAGCAACAAGUACAAUAAACGUUGGCUCCAAAAUGGC